UUGUGUACCGCAGCUAUGGCAGAAAACGCAGUCACGGUCACAGUUGCACAUGGGACCACCAAACAUAACAUCGAAGUGAGAGGGCGGGAGGGUAAUAAUGAGCCACAACUGAAUGAUUUGGCAGAAGCUGUUGCCCAGGUCACUGGUGUACCUCUUCCAUCACAGAAACUUAUCUUUAAAGGCAAGUCUCUAAGGGAGAUGGGGCAGCCUUUAUCAAGUUUUGGUAUAAAACAUGGUUGUAAAGUCAUGAUGAUUGGAAAAAGGGAUAGUCCGGAGGAAGAGGCAGAGCUGAGGAUAUUGAAGGAUCUAGAGAAGUCAGUAGAUCAGACAUCCAAGAAGCUGGAAAAAGUUGAUGGCGAGCUUACAGGUUUAAAGAAUGGUUUCUUAGCAAAGAAUCUUCAGGCUGAAGCGUUAAGCAAGCUAGAUCAGCGAGUUAAGGUGGCAGCUGAACAGUUUAUGAAGAUCCUUGAACAGAUGGAUGCCAUGAGUUUUCCUGAAAAUUUUAGCGACUGCAGAAUAAAGAAGAAAGGAUUGGUUAAAACUGUUCAGGCCUGCCUCGCUCAGUGUGAUAAGAUAGAAGCAGGUAUUUCAGAUCAUAUUGCAAAAUUGCAAUCGAAGAACUUAGCACUGUCUGAAUAAG